ACUUCGCCAGGUGAAUCUGUCUCAGAAUGAGUUGACCAGCCUGCCGUCCGGACUGCUCCAUCUCACCAGAGUCCAGAGGCUCUCUGCUGCUAAGAACAAGCUCACCUCCCUAUUUGACAUUCCUAAUGGUACUAACUGGAUCGGUCUGCGUAAGCUGGAGGAGCUGGAUGUGUCUGACAACUGUCUGACCAGUCUUCCCUCUGCUGUUCUUCACUCUUUCAAAUCCCUCACUUCCCUCAAAGUCUGCCGGAACAGACUCACCAGCUUCCCUGACCCCUGGGCCUGCCCUCUGAAGCACUGUCGAGCCUCAUCCAACGCCAUCGAGAGUCUUCCCAAUACCAUCUCCAUCUUCUGGAGAACUCAGCUGCAGGAGGUGGAUUUCUCAGACAACGUCAUCAAGGAGCUGCCCUCCUAUAUAUUCGAGCUGGAGGCCCUGGUCUCUCUCAGACUGUGUAGGAAUCAGAUCUCCACUCUCCCGGCACCCAACAAGUGGAAAUGCUCUCAGCUCAGAACCCUUGACCUCUCCAGGAACCAGCUGGGCAAGACUGAGGAGGGACCCAAAACCAGGAAGCUGGCCUUCCUGACCACAUGGCACCGGAGAGACCCGGACCCAGUAUGCCCAAUCGAGUUUCCAGUAAUUUUGCGGGAUGCUUUGGAAGUGCUUUCCUUGAACGACAACCAGCUGGAGUGUGUCCCCCAGUCCGUGUGUGGCCUGAGAAACCUCAUGGAGCUCUACCUCUCCAAUAAUCCAGGUAUUCGGGAACUUCCAGCUGAGUUGGGGCAGCUCUCUAACCUGUGGCAGUUGGACAUUGAGGACCUCAACAUCACUAAUGUUCCGCAGGACAUCAGGAAAGAUGGUCCAGCAUCAGUGCUGUCCUUCCUCCGAGCCAACCUACGGAAGGCGGAGCCCUGUAAGCUGCUGAAGCUUCUUGUGAUUGGUCCUCCUCGGCAGGGAAAGACAGCCCUCCUGGAAGCAUUACAGACGGGCAGGACCUCCCCUUUCUCCCCUGCAGAACGAAACAUCAGCACAGCUACUUGGGAACUGGACAGACCCAAUGGGGUUAAAGCUAGCGCGGACUCCGUGGCGUUCAACGUGUGGGACAUCGGCGGUCCGGCCAACAUGUCCACGGUCAACCAGUGUUUCUUCACGGACAAGGCCCUGUACGUGGUCAUAUGGAACCUAGCUCUGGGAGAGGAGGCUGUAGCCAGUCUACAGUCCUGGCUGCUUAACAUUGAGGCGCGUGCCCCUAACUCUGCGGUGGUGGUGGUGGGCACCCACCUGGACCUGAUCGACACCAAGUUCCGUACAGAGCGGGUGGCCACUCUGAGGGCCUACAUCCUGGCACUAUGCAGGUCUCCAUCAGGCGCCAGGGCCAGUGGCUACCCAGACAUCACCUGGAAACACCUGCAUGAGGUAUCGUGUAAGACCCAGGAGGGUCUGGAUGGUCUGAAGAGGUUGAUCUUCCAGGUGGCCUGCUAUAUGAAGGACAACAGCAGCAGUUCAGCUAGCGGACACAAACUGCUGGGCAGACUGAUCCCAAAGAGCUACCUUACACUACAGCAAGCGGUGCUAGAUGAGCGGGGUCGGCGGGACGCAGAAGAUGAGGUCCAGUACCUGACAGACGCACAGCUGGACCUCGUCAUAGAGCAGAACCCAGGAAGUGACAUCAGAGACUACGAGGACCUACAGACCGCCAUCAGCUUCCUGAUAGAGACAGGCACCCUCCUCCACUUCCCAGACACCAGUCACGGCCUGUGUACCCUCUACUUCCUCUGUCCCGUGUGGCUGUCGGAGUGUCUGGAGCGGAUCAUCCACCUGAAGAGCUCCCGAUCGGUGGCCUGGAACGGGGUGAUCCGAGCGGAGGAUCUGCGCAUGCUCCUGGUGGGAACAGGCUUCACCCAGCAGACGGAGGAGCAGUACUUCCAGUUUCUGGCCAAGUUUGAGAUUGCUCUGCCUGUGGCCAGCGAUAGUUACCUCCUCCCCCACCUCCUUCCUCCUAAACCUGCUAUGGACAUCCACGGCUUCCGUCAAGAGACCGCCAACUCCAUCCAGCGCCUCUUCAAGAUGAGCUUUGUGCCGGCGGGAUUUUGGGAACGCUUCAUCGCCCGCAUGCUCAUCAGCCUCACCGAGAUGGACCUCCAGUCCUUUGAGCCUAAGAAGAAUGCUAAGAGUGAGCGGAGGAGGACCACGGUGAUCUACAGUUUUGCGGGAACAGGUAGCCAACAGAGGAACCGCUGUAGCACCUUCAGAGUCCGCCGCAGUCAGACCAUCUACUGGAGAGAGGGACUACUGGUCACCUUUGACGGAGGGUAUCUAAGUGUGGAAUCGACUGAUGUCAACUGGAAGAGGAAGAAAAGCGGGGGCAUCAAGAUCAUUUGCCAAUCAGAGACCAGGGAUUUUUCAGCCAUGGCCUUCAUUACAGACCAUGUCAAUUCCCUCAUCGAACAGUGGUUCCCUGCCUUGACGGCCAGUGAGAGUGAUGGGACCCGAUUGAUUGAGCAGUACGCCCCCUGUCCCCAGUGUUCCUCCAUGAGCAGACAGAACCAGGGACCUGGGGGUCUGGGGGAACCCCCAACUAGAGGGACUGCAGCUGGGAGAAGAGGAGGAGAAGGCAGAGAAAAAGGGGGAGGAAGAGGAGGGCACUUCUUCAACAUGGAGGACUGUGUGAUCGCUGCCAUGGGCCAGGAGUACAUAGUGUGUCCCCAGCACCCCGACCAGCCUGUCCCCCUUCAGGAGCUGGUCCCAGAGCUUUUCAUGACCGACUUCCCCUCACGGUUGUUCCUAGAGAAGGCCCAGUUGGAGUGUAGUGAGGAGGAGAGUGAUAUCCUGGGCCAGGGGGGCAGUGGAACUAUCAUCUAUAGAGCCUGUUACCGUGGCCAACCAGUCGCCAUCAAACGCUUUCACUUCAAGAAGUGCAGGCAGCAGACCAUCAGCAGUGGUACAGACACCAUGAUGAAGCACCUUCAGUCCAUGCACGCGUGCCGGAGCUUCUCAGAGUUCCGCCAGGAGGCCAGCAUGCUCCACUCCCUGCAGCACCCGUGCAUCGUGCCCCUGGUGGGAAUCAGUAUCCACCCGCUCUGCUUCGCCCUGCAGCUGGCUCCCCUGGGCAGCCUCAACAUUGUGCUGGAGGACAGACAUAAAGGCUCCAGGUACAUGCCCCUGGGUUACAUGCUUACCUUCAAGGCAGCCUAUCAGAUCGCAGCGGGGCUGGUCUACCUGCACAGGAAGAACAUCAUCUUCUGUGACCUCAAGUCAGACAACAUCCUGGUGUGGUCCCUGGAGGUGUGUGACCCGGUGAAUAUCAAGCUUUCGGACUACGGCAUCUCGCGCCAGUCCUUCCAUGAGGGGGCACUGGGGGUGGAGGGCACGCCGGGGUACCAGGCCCCCGAGAUACGCCCAGGCAUUGUUUAUGAUGAGAAGGUGGAUAUGUUCUCGUAUGGGAUGGUUGUGUAUGAGUUGCUGUCAGGUUGUAGGCCUGCGUUGGGCCAGCACCAGCUCCAGAUAGCUAAGAAGCUGUCUAAAGGGAUCCGUCCCACCCUGGGAAACCCAGAGGAAGUCCAGUUCCACUGUCUGCAUGGCCUGAUGAUCGAGUGCUGGGACACUAAGCCUGAGAAGAGGCCCCUGGCCAUGCAGUGUGUGAGGCAGAUGCAGGAGCCCAGCUUCCCAUGUCUGAGGUACCUGUUGGCCUGUGACACACACUCCCAGCUCUUCCUGUCCCACUUGCAGGGACACAGCGCUGUCUUCUGGGACGGGGACAAGGACGACAGGAACUACAGUGUGGUGAACGUAGAGAAGGGUCAGGUAGAGGUGAAGAGGAUGCCGUGUCCAGGAACCAGGCUGAGCUGUCAGAUGAAGAUGGACAACACCUUAUGGACCGCCACAGAGGAGCAGGAAGUGUUCAUCUACAGUCUAAAGGAGAUGUGUCCACUGAGCCAGCCCCAGAAACAGAUCUCCUGUCCUGCUAUAGUCACCUGUCUGUUCCCCGUGCCCGCCAGAGACCAGACCCAGGCGUGUGUCUUCAUGGGGAUGUCAGAUGGUCUGGUGGCUGUGUACACCCUGAUGGAUGACAUGCCUGUAGAAGGAGAGACCUACCUGUGUUCUCACACCCUCAAUACGACCAUGUUUGGGAUGGAGGACUCUGACCCCAGACAGAGACCCUACCCAGUCAGGAGCAUGGUCCUGGUCCACAGUGGAUCCCAGCUGUGGUACUCCCAUGGUCCAGGCCUGCUGGUGAUCGACUGCCGGACCCUCCAGGCUGUGCGUCGUCUGGACCCAUACGACCCACCAUCCUCCAUACAGGCCCUGGCCUCCAGCCCCUGUCUGUGGGGGGAUGAGGCGGUGUGGACCCUGGACGACCACACCAACACCCUGCAGCUGUACCACGCUGCCACCUACCAGCUCUGUGCCACGUACAGCUGUGGAGACGCCAACCCUCUCCGGGACGUGUUCACUGUACAGCGACCUGCAGGGGUUACCAUGGCUACUAGUCCUGACCUUGACUCACAGAGGAAGAGUCUAGAUGAGGAGGAGGAGGAGGAGUGUCCUAACGGCAAAGUGACGCUGAUCUACAGCGAGGAGGCGGGGACUCAGAUCAUCCAGCACCAGGAUUCGCUGACGGACUACUGCUCCAUGUCCUCUGACUCCACCCCUUCGCUGGGAUUUGACCGAUCCGGCCCCUUGUCAGAGCCACCAUUGGACAGAUCCAGUUCCUGCGCGCUCAGCUCAUUGGCUAGUUCCAGCAGUAUGCCUUUUUCCACUGAGGAGGAAGGGAGGCCUCAGGACCACCCAGAUGACUCUGACUCUGUGGUGAACUCUGACCCCACCACAACCUUUACCACCACUCCCCCCCACCUGCAGGCCCUCACUGUGCUGGCUGUCAAUGGAACCCUUUGGAUCCCCAGGAGGGGUGGUGACGUGAUGGUGAUCGAGGUCCAGCGGCAGACAGGACAGCUCAGGGGGCGUGUCAUCGCUGUGCUCUGUCCCCCUGGAACUUCCUCUUACGGGACCCUGGAGGAGGCCGCACUGGUGGCAAAGGACACGGUUGUGUGUGGCUUUCGCAACGAAAAUAGGGCCUGGUGCCUGUGUGUCUGGCGGGGCUGGGGCCCCCGUGAGCUAGAGGUCUUCUACCAGUCCUACGAGGAGCUGGGGAGGCUGGAGACUAGCAUGAGGAAAAGAAGGUAGCCGUUGUACGGCACCGGCUGCAGUGUCUCAGGCAGAGGCUAGCAGUCACAGACUCAUAGCUCUCUGUGGGAGAGAGAGGAGGGGGAGAGAGAGAGAGAGGCUAGCAGUCACAGACUCAUAGGUCUCUGUGGGAGAGAGAGGAGGGGGAGAGAGAGAGAGAGGCUAGCAGUCACAGACUCAUAGCUCUCUGUGGGAGAGAGAGGAGGGGGAGAGAGAGAGAGAGGCUAGCAGUCACAGACUCAUAGCUCUCUGUGGGAGAGAGAGGAGGGGGAGAGAGAGAGAGAGGCUAGCAGUCACAGACUCAUAGGUCUCUGUGGGAGAGAGAGGAGGGGGAGAGAGAGAGAGAGGCUAGCAGUCACAGACUCAUAGCUCUCUGUGGGAGAGAGAGGAGGGGGAGAGAGAGAGAGAGGCUAGCAGUCACAGACUCAUAGGUCUCUGUGGGAGAGAGAGGAGGGGGAGAGAGAGAGAGAGGCUAGCAGUCACAGACUCAUAGCUCUCUGUGGGAGAGAGAGGAGGGGGAGAGAGAGAGAGAGGCUAGCAGUCACAGACUCAUAGGUCUCUGUGGGAGAGAGAGGAGGGGGAGAGAGAGAGAGAGGCUAGCAGUCACAGACUCAUAGGUCUCUGUGGGAGAGAGAGGAGGGGGAGAGAGAGAGAGAGGCUAGCAGUCACAGACUCAUAGCUCUCUGUGGGAGAGAGAGGAGGGGGAGAGAGAGAGAGAGGCUAGCAGUCACAGACUCAUAGGUCUCUGUGGGAGAGAGAGGAGGGGGAGAGAGAGAGAGAGGCUAGCAGUCACAGACUCAUAGCUCUCUGUGGGAGAGAGAGGAGGGGGAGAGAGAGAGAGAGGCUAGCAGUCACAGACUCAUAGGUCUCUGUGGGAGAGAGAGGAGGGGGAGAGAGAGAGAGAGGCUAGCAGUCACAG